CAAUCGGGACGCCACCCCCGCCCGCCGCAACGCGACAAGCGGCCACCUCGUUGCUGCCUCCACCACUGCGCCGCCCCGCUUCGCCACUCACUCCCCUGCACGCAUCCGCCGGGCGCCGCGCCGCGAUGCAUGCGCUCCGCCUCCGGCCGUCCCUCCUCUCCGCGCGGCCCAGCGCCACCGCGCCGCGAGAUCGUUUUCUAUCACCGCUUUGUUCUAUCCAACGAAAUGGUGAAGGGCGAGUUUGUUUUUCCAGCCAAAGGACCCAAGGACAUACCUUGUAUCACUGUCAGAAGUUCUUCAUCUGGAAGUUGUCCUAUUAUAUGAUAUCACAUCGGUCAAUAAAUUCUUCUGUUAAUGCUUCGGGGCAGCAGCUGCAAUCUGAACCCGAAGCACAUGAUUCUGCAAACAUCUGGAGGGCAAUAUCAUCUUCUAUAGAUGCAUUUUACAGAUUUUCCCGGCCACAUACCAUCAUAGGAACAGCACUUAGCAUAGUCUCAGUUUCCCUACUAGCUGUCCAGGGCUUGUCUGAUAUAUCUCCCUUGUUCCUCACUGGUUUGCUGGAGGCAGUGGUAGCCGCUCUUUUCAUGAACAUUUAUAUUGUUGGAUUGAACCAGUUAUUCGACAUUGAGAUAGACAAGGUUAACAAACCGACUCUUCCACUGGCAUCUGGGGAAUAUUCCCCUGCAACUGGGGUUGCAAUAGUAUCCAUAUUUGCUGCUAUGAGUUUUGGCCUUGGAUGGGUUGUUGGAUCGCAACCUCUGUUUUGGGCUCUUUUCAUUAGCUUUGUUCUUGGGACUGCAUAUUCAAUCGAUCUGCCAUUCUUGAGAUGGAAGAGAUUUGCUGUUGUUGCAGCACUCUGCAUAUUGGCAGUUCGGGCGGUGAUUGUUCAGCUAGCCUUUUUUCUCCACAUUCAGACCUUUGUUUUCAGAAGACCGGCAGUCUUUUCUAGGCCAUUGAUAUUUGCUACUGCAUUUAUGACCUUCUUCUCAGUUGUAAUAGCACUUUUCAAGGAUAUACCAGAUAUUGAAGGAGACCGCAUUUUCGGGAUCCAAUCUUUCAGUGUUCGAUUAGGUCAAAAGAAGGUUUUCUGGAUUUGUGUUGGUCUACUUGAGAUGGCUUACAGCGUUGCAAUACUGAUGGGAGCUACUUCUUCCUCUCUAUGGAGCAAAUCUGCAACUAUUGCUGGCCAUUCAAUCCUCGCUGCGAUUUUAUGGAACUGCUCACAAUCGGUUGACUUGACAAGCAAAGCUGCAAUAACAUCCUUCUACAUGUUCAUCUGGAAGCUGUUCUACGCGGAAUACCUGCUCAUCCCUCUGGUGAGGUGAUGGAUCGGAGGGCAACAACUCCACGGAAGAGCUUCAGUGCCGGAGUAAACUCGCGCCCAUCCGUUCCGUUUGAAAGUUGAAGCAUUCAGGCAGAGGAAGGAUGGCUUCAGAUGGCGCCCAAUAAAACCCCCCUGUGCUUCCGCGGUACUGUAACUACACUAGCUCUUGAUAUGAUGUCCAGCUGACCUGACCUGGCCUCUGAUUGCACAACCUAACUCCCAACGUACCCGAUGUAACUAGACCAGGUGAGCUGCAGCCUGUAGGUGCUGCUAAUAAUAAUAUUCCUCCAGUAUUGACUUCA